GUGACGGGAGCAAGGCGGAGUCUGGAGGAAAGAUACCGAGAGAUAGCGAUUUAAAUCACAUCCCCGGCUCUAGGAGGGCAGCAGCAGCAGCCCCGGCGCAGAGGCACGCACGCACCGAGACACAUCUGCCGGCUCCGCCGCCGCCGCUGCUGCUGCUCGCAAUGGGCGCCGCCGCCGAGCCGCCCCGGGCCGCGGGCCUCGUGUCCAGCGUGGUGAAUGACACCCUCGAGUUUUACCGCUGGACCUGGAGCAUCCGAGACAAACGUGUUGAUGAUUGGCCCUUGAUGCAAUCUCCAUUUCCAACAUUGACUAUAAGCACUAUUUAUCUCCUCACUGUCUGGCUGGGUCCCAAAUGGAUGAAGACAAGAGAGCCCUUCCAGUUACGUUUCCUGUUGGUUGUUUACAACUUUGGAAUGGUUCUACUCAAUUUCUUCAUUUUCAAAGAGCUGUUUUUGUCAUCAAGAGCUCGAGGAUACAGCUAUGUCUGCCAGACAGUGGAUUAUUCAGAUAAUGUUUAUGAAGUUAGGAUAGCUGCUGCUUUAUGGUGGUAUUAUGUCUCUAAAGGAAUUGAAUACUUGGAUACAGUAUUUUUCAUCCUGAGGAAGAAAUUUAACCAAAUCAGUUUUCUUCAUGUCUAUCACCAUUUCACCAUGUUCACCCUGUGGUGGAUUGGUAUUAAGUGGGUUGCAGGUGGGCAAGCUUUUUUUGGAGCUCAGAUGAACGCAUUUAUUCAUGUCAUUAUGUACAUGUAUUAUGGAUUAGCUGCCUGUGGCCCUAAAUUUCAGAAGUAUCUAUGGUGGAAACGAUACUUGACGAUAUUACAAUUGGCGCAGUUCCAUGUGACUAUUGGCCACACAGCCUUGUCUAUUUAUAUUGAUUGUCCUUUCCCUAAAUGGAUGCACUGGGGUGUAAUUUUCUAUGCGAUCACCUUCAUUUUCCUGUUUGGUAACUUCUACUAUCGGACAUACAAGCUGCCCAAGGAACCUGUAAAGAAUGGCAAAAUAGCAAAUGGUGCUGUUGCAAAUGGAGUAAACAAACCAGAAAAUAAUCCAGUGGUGGAAAAUGGAAAAAAGCAGAAAAGGGGAAAAGCAAAAGGAGAGUAACUUGAUCCAGGCCUUAACCAUUGCUGGCAGUGAGGAACCUCCAGUUCAGUUUAUAAAAGGAAAAAAAAAAAAAACAAAAAACAAACCGCUAUCUAUCUGUACCAAUUAACCUUAGGUCACUGAAGAGCUAGAACACAGAUAUUUUCAUUAUUUAUGAAGAUUGUUUUAACAACACUUAAAGUUGGAUUUCUAUUGUAAUUAUGUAAUUAUCAUGUAUAUGGUCUCUGUGUAAAUUCGUAGACUGCUGGUGUUGAUGAAUGUAAGGAAGAAUUGCAGUAAUUCCAUGUUUAGCAGUCUGAAAGAUCAUACUACCAUUGAUGCAACCAGUUUUGUGGACACUCACGUUUCUUGAGGGGAGGGAAGGGAAGAAAGUAGUGUUUGAAUACAUGUGGGUUUUUUCCAAAAAAAUCAUUAAAUUUCAAAUGAUAAUGUAUUAUCUAAUCAGAAUGCACAACUUUUCUUGUCCUCCUUGGGAAGUAUUUUCAGACAUAAUUAUGUUUAUGUGCUGUCAGAGCAGUGUUUGACUUUUCAGACAUUACUUGAUUUAAUUUAAUGUCUAUUAGAGUUUUUUUUCUUGUUGUGUGGAAAUAUACCUACCUCUUCAUCUGCUGAAAAU